AGUUAGUUAACUCUUCACAUAUUUUCUGGGUAUUUUUAGGGUUUAGGAGGAAACGGGUUUAGUGAAAGAUCGAAACAGGGGCAGCAUUCGUAGAUAAUUUCCCAAAAUUGGUGAACUCUUCAUUGAUUUUAAUAUUUGCAUUUGUUCGGCUGCACACCAUAGAGUCGCAAAUCAAUUCAAUUUAGUUCGAUUUCAUUUUCAAAACUUCACCGCAGCUUUCGAGUUCAACUAUGAUGAUACGAUCAGCAGGUAGAUGUUAUCAGAUGUUAAAAAACUAUCAAACAUCCAGACGAAUUGUCAAUUCAGUUGUUAUAUAUUCAUACAGAGAGAUUAAUGAUGGUGUUUUAGGUUAUAAACAACAUACUCAUAGUUUCUACCAGGUUUUCAACUGAGCUGGAGUCAUGUAAACCCCCUGUUUCAGAGAUUGACUCGUUGUCGGCCUUAAUUAGAUCCAGUCUUAGUGAGAUUGAAGGCUCCUCUCAUUGCUGGUUUAAUAGAAGUGCUAUUUCAAAGGAUUUAAGUGGGAAAGAUGGAGUCUUCUUAGUUGUCGUUGGUGCAUUCGUUGAAGACUCUACCUUUAUGUUGGAAAAAGUAAAAUCACUUCAGCAAAGGUAUUCUUCACUCAAUGUUAUCGGAUUUCAGCCAUGCAGAGCAUCUAGCAGUGAUGUCGUUCGUUCUCGUUUAGCGAAGAUAAUCAUGAGCGAACACAUCACAUUUCCGAUUUUAGUGUCGAACAAGUCUCUUUCUGAGAUAUCAGAUAGAGUAGGCUAUAUCUUAUUUAAAGGUAUGGAGGGUCCUUUACUCUUGCAUGAAAAGGAUGUGGAAUUUGAAAUUCUUGACACAUCCAUCAAAGAAAUAAUCGUUCAGCCGAAAGAAAAACCAGGAUUGUUGCAUAAUCUCCGAGGCACAUGGGUAAAGCCACUUGAUGCUUUUAAGGAACCGUAUCUAUGCUCUCCAUUGCAGAAUUUAUUGCUUUAUUUUCCAGGGUGCAUCGAGGUUGAUGAAGUUAAUGAACGGUUGUUCCUUUCUGACAUAAAUCACCAUCGUAUAAUUGUGUUUGAUGGAAAUGGAACUAUCUUAGAUUCUAUCGGAUCUUCUCCUGGAUUUGAAGAUGGAGAAUUUGAAUCUUGUAAGAUAAUGCGCCCUGCUGCUUUGUUUUAUCAUGAUUCUGAGAACUGCCUGUAUUUUGUUGACUCAGAGAACCAUGCUAUAAGGCGAGCUGAUAUGGAGAGCAGAACCGUUGAGACAUUUUAUCCCAAACCUAAUGGUCACAAGACAAAGGGUGGCCUGCUGAGCUGGAUCAUGGAUAAACUCUGGAGUACAAAAGCUGUUUCUUCAAAUUCCGAGGAAGUUGAUUCUAAUUUACUUUUUUAUCCCUGGCAUCUGCUUAAAUCAUUGGAAAAUGAACUCUUUAUCCUCAACCGCAGUUCGGAUACUUUAUGGAUCAUGGAUUUAUCAUCUGGUCUUAUUAAAGAAGUUGUCAAAGGUACUGAAAACAUUUUAGAGAUAUGUGGACCGUUGAUCUUGGAGAAAUCUUCACUUCUGAAGGAGAUACCAUCUAAUAGCCUUCCACAAAAUAUUGCCAAUGGUUUCUCAAUAGAGGGAAAUUCACAUGCUGGCCUGGUCUCUUCAGUGGCAAGUUUUCAGGACAAUAUAGUAAUUUGUGACUCAGAUGGUCAGGUGGUGCUGAAAUACGACAAAAAAUCAAAGUCAAUGAGUAGCUUUGACUUCUCAAACUUGGGAGUACUUGGAUUACCGUAUUGGUUGGUUUCCCCCAUGGAAUCAACUUAUGCUGCUGGUUUUGGUGUCCCGGAAGUUCACAUUGAUCAUAUUCAGAAUUUCAGUUUGUUACCAGGUAGGAUAGACAUAAAGAUUAAUGUAGAAAUUCCUGAAAAUACCGAGCUUGUGGAACCACUAGAUGAAGAUUGUAUAUGGCGGCAGACAAGAGGCACUGCUACUGAAACUUUAAUUGCAAAGAAUAAAGCUGAAUCUACAGAGAAGGUUGGUGUUGCUCAGCAGUGGUAUGAUGAGUUGGAUGACCUUGCCUCUUUAACGCAAAAAGAACUCGAUACCGAAGAAGACAAGACGUCUAACUCAAACGUGCCAGAUGGAAAUAUAAGCAUAGAUUGUGCUGUCAAUACUAGCCCGGGAACAAGUGAGGUAAUCAUCAAUGCUGCAUUGUACUUGAGAAUUAAAAAUGAAACCAAUGCUUCUAAGGAGCAACAGUUGGCUAGAUUGAUCAACGUUUCAAACCCGAGUGGGAAAGAUAAAUCCCAAACAGAGGCGUGUGUGCAGAUCCUAUCAACAUCAAAGAAAACCCCUGAAGAGUUUGUGUUUUUGAAGCCUUUACAUGUGAGGUUGAAGAUUAAUUCCCUUAAUCACCCAAAAGCAGAGAAUUCCAAAGACAUAAUUUUGACAGACUCUUUCGUAGAAGUUAAUGUUUCUCUCAAGUAACUACUCUUGAUUGUUGUCUGUUUGUUCUGGUGUGGAUGGAUUUAGAUUGCGCAUUUUUGUACGAUAAUAGUUCAAUUUUUGGAUUUGGGGUUAUGAACAUAUAACAAUUUGGAGUUUAACGGUGCCGUGAAUUCUGCAAGUUGAUGAUCAAAGCAUGGGACCAGAUAAGCCUGUGCCUUAAGGCGGCUAGGGUGGUGCAGAGCUAGUGCCGUUGGGAGUUACAUAAGUGGUGGCGGCAGAUAGGCAAACCACGGUUGCUGGUUGUGGCAUGAAUGUUUGUUUGGAGAAUAAGCUUUUGCGAGUUGGUUGUGGUUUAAAAAUUAUUGCUUCAAAGAUUUGUUGCUUUCUCUUUUUGAAUCCAAUUCGUUUGAAAAGUUUUAAUUAUUACAAAAUAUAUGUGAAUUAUAUA